CAGCAGCGAGCGUGUGAGCAUGUCUGGCCGGGGCAAGGGCGGCAAGGGGCUCGGCAAGGGCGGCGCCAAGCGCCACCGCAAGGUGCUGCGCGACAACAUCCAGGGCAUCACCAAGCCGGCCAUCCGCCGCCUGGCUCGGCGCGGCGGCGUCAAGCGCAUCUCGGGGCUCAUCUACGAGGAGACGCGCGGCGUGCUCAAGGUCUUCCUGGAGAACGUCAUCCGCGACGCCGUCACCUACACGGAGCACGCCAAGAGGAAGACGGUCACGGCCAUGGACGUGGUCUACGCCCUCAAGCGCCAGGGUCGCACUCUCUACGGCUUCGGCGGCUAAAGCCUCACCGUCCUGCCGGACCACCGUCACAAAAACCACAAAGGCUCUUUUAAGAGCCACCCACCUAAUCCUUAAAAAGAGCCAUAUCGCUAUAUUU